CUCUGGAAUUAGGAAGUGUAUAUAAUUGCACGUUAAGGAUUGCUCAUAGAUAAUGUUGUUGCUAGGUUAUGAUAAAUCGUAUCGAGGUGAUAAUUGACGUGACUGUUUGUUGUUUGAAUUUCAAGUGGAUAACAUUGGGUUCGUUUUGAUCGAUGAUGGGAGAUAUUCAUAGAAAUAAAUAGGAUAUAGUAUCGAAGUGAAUUGUACACGCGAUUUCAAGGAUUAACAAGCUACCGGGUGGUGAAAUUUGUGUUGUGUAAGUUGUUAAACAUCGGUCGUGAUAUUUAACUUGGAUAAUUUUCAUCAUUAUUCGCGUUGCACUGAAGUUAAUGUCUCGUGAAAAUUCAUGUGGGAAGUUUGUUAAUUAAAGAGUUCAAUUUUUAUUCGAAGCACAUUGUUCAAGAAUCGCGGAAUAUCUUUUUCAUUUCCUAGGCGAGACAGAUUGUUCAAGAUGGCACCAAACUUGUUUGGUACAUCGGCCACGUUAUAUUUGGAGGCAUCUCAGCAAAAUAUUCAUCAAGAGAAAUCGACGACAGAGAAGACGAACAAUCAGGAAUUGCUGGUCGAAAAGUCAUCGAACACCGAGUCGAGCUAUGAAUGGAAAAUCGUUUGGAGAAACGUGAUUGCAUUCACCUAUCUUCACAUUGGAGCUAUCUAUGGAUUAUACCUUGCCUUUACUUCAGCCAAAUACCAGACGACUAUAUGGCUUUUCAGCCUGAUAGCACUUGGAGGGAUGGGUGUCACAGCUGGUGCCCAUAGACUUUGGGCCCACAGAACGUACAAAGCGAAGUGGCCCAUGCGUUUCCUAUUGAUGAUCCUCCAGACAAUUGCCUUCCAAAAUCACAUUUACGAAUGGGUGAGAGAUCACAGAGUUCAUCACAAAUUCACGGACACCAAUGCAGAUCCGCAUAACGCAAAACGAGGAUUCUUCUUCUCGCACGUAGGCUGGCUACUAGUUCGAAAGCACCCGGAUGUGUUGAAGAAAGGUGCCACAGUUGACAUGAGCGAUCUCGAAAACGACCCCAUCGUCGUUUGGCAAAGAAGGCUGUAUCUUUUACUGGUGCCAACAUUAUGCUUCGUGCUUCCCGUGUGGGUGCCCUGUUAUCUCUGGAAAGAGACGUUAUUUAAUUCCUGGUACAGCACUCUAACUAGAUACACACUGAGCUUGAACGGAACAUGGCUGGUGAACUCUGCGGCUCAUAUCUGGGGCGCUAAACCUUAUGACAAGAAUAUUGGUCCGACCGAAAAUAAAAGCGUAGCCAUAGUGGCAUUCGGUGAGGGGUGGCACAAUUACCACCAUGUGUUCCCGUGGGACUAUAAAGCCGCCGAACUCGGCGACUAUAAGGUCAACAUCACUACCGCAUUUAUCGAUUUCUGUGCUCGGUUGGGUUUGGCGUAUGACAUGAAAACCGUCCCCGUGGAGGCGAUUAAAAGACGAGCGAUCAGAACUGGCGAUGGAACUAAGUACAAUGAACACGACGACUCUCAUCAUCAUAUGCAUGUGGACAUGAAAUGGGGCUGGGGUGACGCGGAUAUGAAGCCAGAGGAAAUCCAGGAGGUCGAAAUCAUUAAUAAGAGCAACUAAAUGAUCAUUUGUGCUAGAUAUCGCUAAUCAACACGCGAUCAACCGUUCACUACGUCAAUUAAUAUUCGUUAUAUGUUAUCAGUGGUCUAUGGUUAUCGUUCCUCUGUGAAGAGAUCGGCUGCUUAAUCGAAAUUGUUUCAUUUAAAAUAAGCUCCAGAAAUCCAGCAAACUGAAACGUAGGCAAUUCGACACAGACGACGCACGGCAAUAUAAUUUCCGUCAUAAUCAGCUUGCGCUCGUAGCGCGAAACAUAUUAGGAA